GGCACUUUGGCCAGCAGUCGAACCAAACGUAUUCAUCGGGGGGUUCACGAUCCUUGGCUAAGGCAAAUGCCCCGGGAAAUUCUGGUUCAGGGAAAUCUGCGCGCGAGUAUUCGAGCUGUGUGACUUUCGGAAUAGUUGGGAAAUUUGAAUUUUGUUAAGAAAAAUUAUUAUUUAUUCUAAUUGAAAAUUAUUUGGUGUACAAAUAUGACUAGUUGAAUAAAGUGAUGUAACGCAUUAAUAACAGGAAAUCGAUGGUCUCAAGCCCAGAUGACGUGCACGUGCCUUGUAAUUUAUGCACCUGUGAAUAAUUACCCGAAAAAGAAAAGUGAUCAUAAGUGUAUCGAACCACUGCCGGCGCCACAUCGCCGUCUGGAUCAAAUCGACUGUGAAGAGGCAAAUUUCCUUGAAGUUCCGUUCCUUUCUCUGGGGCUUGUUCAAACAACACCCCCGUUGGACGUCGUCGCCCCGUCAGUUUUUAAUCAAAUUGGAAGCACACUGUAGCAGCAGAAAAAGGCAGCGAGUGCAACAUUUUCCGACCAGUUUUUCCUCAAAAAGGGACCUGCAAAAGCUUAGUUGUUGCUUGAAUCAAAAGUGUAGUUACACCCGCCAACCGGGCCCUCAAAAAAAAUGGGAAGCAUUUUCAUACUGCUGUUUGGCUUCUACCUGCUGUACCUGGAGAAGGUCAACGCAUCCUGGGGCUCACCGGACAGCAACCAGUACCACAUUCAAACUGACGAGGGUCCCGAGCGAUACUUUCGGUACCAAACUGACAACGGGCAGUUUCGGAAGGAGAAACGACUCCAGGAUGGCACAGUGAUUGGGACCGAUGCGUGGAUUGAUGCCUCCGGGUAUCUCCGACAGAAGGACUACAUCGCCGACGAUAAGGGCUAUCGGAUACUGAAGUCCAAGACGGUGUUCGUUGGAACGGAUUUGCCGAUUCAGGACGCCAUCAAGUCCGUCAAGAAUCGGCCCGCCGACUCGGGUGUUCUAGUAUCACACCAGGGUCCAGCGUACGUUCCGCCACCGCGACCUGUAGCCGUGGUGCCUACCACUCCGGCACCGAUCGCUCCGGUGACCCCUUCGGACAUCAAGUCCGUCUUCAUUCGGCCCCACUCACAGCCGGUCAACACCAACUACCUGCCGGCAAAUAUAGAUCAAUAUUUACCGCCCAGCAGGCACUUCCCUUCGAGCACUCCACGACCUAUCUACGUUUCCCAGAGCACGACUUCCGGAUAUUCUCCGCUAGCCGGAAACGACCUGUCCUCGACACCGAUCGCCUUGUACGCACCCAGUUCGACGCCUUCUCCGUUGGCAGAUCGUUCCGAGGCACAUUUGCCACCGUUGGUGAUUUAUAAUAGUGACGAUUCGACGAAACGACCGAACGAAUACCACCACCAGCUGGACAAUGAUCUACUACCUCCCAAGCAGCAGCAGAUCUUCCAGGUGAUUCCACCGAGGAGACGUUUCCAACAGGAACGUAGACGACCCACAUAUGUGGAUCCCAUAACGAUCACUUCGGCGGCUCCGUUCAUCGAACAGGCAACUCCUGCUCCGAAACCCUUGAUUCUGCCCUUCUACGACAACAACUUGGAUCAACAGCCUAGCUUUAACCGCGACCUGCUGGAACCUCCCCCGAACUACGGCCAGUACCCGGCAGUCCGCCGAAAUGAUCAACCCUACGACGGAGUGUCGGUGACCAACAACGGAUUCCGGUACUACCUGCCACGGCAGUACCACGAGGAGGCAAACUCCGGCAGUGCGACCCGCGAGGGCAGCUUCGGCUACAUCGAUCCGUUCGGCAUUCGGCGGGUCGUGUACUACAACACCGGACCGGGCAAGGGUUUCGUCCACCGCAAGAACAACCGCUUCGUGGGCUUCAACUCGACCCCGUACGAUCCACGACCACUUUGAGUCGGUCCCCUCCCACGCGCCACAACAGUCGCCGUUGCCAAGUUCUUACGCUUCCACCUUAAUUAUUUAUUAUAGCUCCGAGACCUAGUACAAGUAGGUAGCCCCUACAAUUGCUAGUAGAUUAACGAUUUCACAGAACGCCAAGUGGUCCGAAGGAUGUACGGGGGCGACCGCAGUGACCACGCGGGCGUUCUUCAAGAGUGACAGUUACGGAUCACGUUUAAGAAGUGGAGCAGAGAUUCGAAUUAAAACAACUAAUGAGUCGUCGGGUCGUUGUCGCCGCCGUUAUGGCGGGAUGACCUCCGGAGGUGCACGACACGACCCGAUCGUGAGGGGGGGGGGACGCGUUUUUCUAAUCUCUCUGUGGGAUCGCAAUUGGGACAGUUCUCUUAGAAAACACACACACAUGUCUUCAUUUUUGGCUUUUGUAUGAACAAUAAUUAACCACCGAAAUCAUAGAGAACUGCCAAAUGCGUGUGCAUUACUUAGUUGGCAAGGGGAUUUAGUCACAUGUUUACGAUUAGUGGGUUUGCUACUGAACACCGAAGUCAAGGCUACCAAGACCUCAUGGAGGACUGACAUCAUCAUAAGGUAUUCAUUGCCAGUCCAGAAUGCUCUCAAUACCUUGACUGUCUGAUUUCGAGACAGAUAUUCGAAUUUCAAAUCCAGGCUCAAUUUGCCUGCCAGGGUAGUAUCGAUGAUUCAUACUGCCGCAAGAUACUCUUGGAGUCAAUUCCGGUGAUCUAUUAAUUUCUUGGGCUCUUUGUGAGGUUUGUAGGAAACGCUGUAAUUACACAACUCAAUAUAGCAGUUAUUAUAAAAAAAAGCAAAUCCGGAGCGGCCCACCACCACGAGAGGUCAACUAGUCAACCAAUCCAUAAAAAAUAAUUGUAGGGCACUUGGUUCACGCAUGAUUUGGAAGUUCUUUGGACGCAUGGAAGGUUUUUGAUUUUUAUGUCUGCCGGAUGCAGCUGAUCAUAAUAUAAUUAUAUUUAUUACAGUUCACUUAAUUUGUUGUUUGGUCUGCUUCCACACUUUUGCUUAAUAAUAUUUUUAUUUGGUUUCACGAUUCAAUUCACUUUUUUCAACUCCUCAUACCCGCCAACUAAGAAUCGCAUUGUGGUUUGGUUGAGCGUUUUAGCAGAAUGCAUUACUUAAGAAUCGCAGUUAAUUUGCACAUUGCUUACUUUUAAGCUCGCACUGCAUGUCUGAUUUGAUAUGCUACCACGCUGACGCUUGAUUGUAACAGAUAACAUAUAUGCCUACGCUUUGCUUUGCUUAACAAAAUUUCGACUAAAUUGCAUGUACUCGAAAUUGAAUCUCCCUGUUAGGGGCAAAGAACUUCUCCAUUACCAUGCAUCGUUGUGUGGUUUUGGAGGCUAAUCUGUGCAUAUAUUUGUGAUUUCUUCGUAUAAAUAACUUCUCAUGUUUAUGUUUUAGCUGUAAAAUUACUUUCAUUAAUAUUACAUUUGUUAAAAAUAUAUUAUGGUUAGCUAUGUCUGGAUUGCAUCUUUUUCUCAUUUAAAUUCAUUUAAUUUCAAGUGUUUGAUUGAAUAAAGUGUUCAAUUUGCUCUCAUUUAUAUUUUUCUUUUUUCACCUCCAAUAGUUUUUCGUAUUUUCUUUAAAAGUAAUCUUUUACCAAGUUGUUAUCAAAUUCUUCAAAAAAUUAGUCAUUUAAUAUCAGGUGACGCUUUCCGACAAUAAAAUAUAUAAAAAUAACAAAUGAAAUUAGAAAAAAAAAUCACAAUCUGUACACUUUGUGUCUAAAGCCUUUUUGCUAACACCGCAAAACGCAACCCCCCAUUUCAUAGAUUAUAUUCGCCUUAAGUUAAUCCCGCUGCCGCUUUACCGAAAAAAAGAAUUGCCAUAUUUGUAAGUUUUAUUUCAGUCUCUAGCAGUUAAGUCAGGUUCCAGAGCCGGCAGAUAGUAGAUCAUAGAUCCAGUUCGAUAAUCCAGUUAACUUAAUUUAAUCAUUAAACGAAAAAACACCAGAAAACAAACUAAUUGCCAUAUUUGUAGAGUUGAACGUCACACAAACACACUCUAAUGAUAACCAACUUAAACACAGUUGAUCAGUUUCGUUUGCAAUGCGGGUAGUUCUUUGGAAAUAGAUGUUCAUUUGAUACAUUUUAGUUUCAUUUAAAAAAAUACCUUCAACUUUUUCACCAAGCAAAUGAAUUUCCGUUACUAAGAACUUUCCUGAACGAGAAUGAGCUCCCACCAGACAAAAUGGUUAAGCUUUCUGUUUUUAAUCCACGCAAGUACCCAUCUCAUUUUAAGCGCUAUUUAAAACCAUUACCAGCAGUCUUCCAGGUUUGGGAGACACGUUGUUCAUAGAUGUAAAUAAAUUUAUGUACACGUGUUGUAGCAGAAGAUGGAAAAAUACAAAUCAGCAAUAAAUCUCUGUUUUGAGCUAGAAAUUCCGAAAAAAAA